AUGUCAGAAAUAAAAAUUAGCAAAGAAGUAAACAAAAUAAAAGAAGAAAUUAAAAGUUUAAAUCUUGGACAAAUAAGCGAAUUAAUAGACGGCUUAAAAGAGGAUUAUAAUAUUCAAGAACAAGUCGCAAUUCAAUCAACAACAACCCAAACGGAGGAAAAAGUUGAAGAAAAAGGCAAUGUUUCUGUCAAGGAGGCUGUUAAGGAUUUAAAAGGAGAAGACAUAAACAUCGUUAGAGCCAAAAAACUCACCGAGGAAGGAGAAAAAAUUAUCUUGGUCGAUAUUCCUCGAGAUAAAGCUGAAGAAUUUCAAAAAAAAAAAUGA